GGAAACAGUAUCUAGACAGACAGGAAGUCAAAGUAGCAAAGCUUGCAAGUUGAUGUUUGGCCAAAUAUAGAUACAAGGGAGGAUGAGCAGCUCAGAGGAGGUGUCCUGGAUAUCCUGGUUCUGUGGCCUGAGAGGGAAUGAGUUCUUCUGUGAGGUUGAUGAGGACUAUAUUCAGGACAAAUUUAACCUGACGGGUCUGAAUGAGCAGGUGCCUCACUAUCGCCAGGCUUUAGACAUGAUCCUUGACCUGGAACCAGAUGAAGAGCUUGAAGACAACCCCAACCAGAGUGACCUGAUAGAACAAGCAGCAGAGAUGCUCUAUGGGCUUAUACAUGCGCGUUACAUCCUCACAAACAGAGGCAUUGCACAGAUGCUGGAAAAGUAUCAACAAGGGGAUUUUGGCUAUUGCCCCAGAGUCUAUUGUGAAAAUCAACCAAUGCUUCCAAUAGGUUUGUCAGACAUUCCUGGAGAAGCAAUGGUGAAGCUUUACUGUCCAAAGUGCAUGGACGUGUACACCCCCAAAUCCUCCAGACACCACCACACAGAUGGAGCUUAUUUUGGAACAGGUUUCCCCCACAUGCUGUUCAUGGUUCACCCAGAGUACCGUCCAAAGCGUCCAGCCAAUCAGUUUGUGCCAAGGCUAUAUGGUUUCAAAAUUCAUCCGAUGGCCUAUCAGCUCCAACUUCAGGCUGCAUCAAGCUUCAAGAGUCCAGUCAAGACUAUUCGCUAAAACUCAGCCUUGUCCAGGAUGGUGGACUCAAACUUUUGCUGUUUACUACUUGUUGAAAGCAAUGGGUUACACAAAUACAAUAAAUGCCUGUACAGUUCUCCAAACACACCUCUGUGUUGAUACACAGUCAGAUUUAGCCAUAAUCCUCUCAUUUAGUACAAAUACUGUUACACAGUAUGGAUAGUUUUCUUUUGUGUUAAAGAUGUCAUUAUUUGCAAUCAAAUGAUAGUGUUUGACUUGAAUUGAUGUCAGUCUGUUUAUUCACAGUUCAAGGUUGUUUCUCUUCAACUCAGUGGAAACAAAGUGUACAUUUUGCUCUGUGGCUUAAAUUCCAGGUGAUUGAAUGUAAAAGCAAAUCUUGCCACCAGCCCCAGACGAGUUUGCCUUAUCUGUAAUAUGAUUAAUCUUUUGCAAGUCAAGUUCAAUUUAAUGAAAUUCUACUAAACGGAACAAUUGCUGGAUUGUGUUGAAGGUCUGUUUCUUUGAUACAGCAAUAUGUGUAACUGUAAUCAGGUGCUAUAUCCAAAAAUAUACUUCAUGGACCUAUAUUAAUUUUGUUACUUUAUAUUUCUCUAGUUCUGUGUUUGCUUGAUUGUUUAGGCAUCUGUGACAAUAUUUUCCUAAAGGUAUUACAAUCCUGACAUGUUUUUCUCUCAAGUGUUUGGUGAUAAUUACUGUCACAUCCAUUAUAGAAAAAAUUUAUGACAUUAAAUAUUUAUUUCUUACCAAGA